AUGACCCACGGCCGCGCCGCCCAGCUGCCCACCCGGCUGCAUGUCCUGGCCACGCUGGAGGCGCACCCGGGCCCGGUGCACUACCGAGCGGUGAACCUGCUCAUCCAUGCCAACUGGCCCGGGGCUCUGGUCCUGGCCACCGGGACGACGCUCCUGCUGGCGCCGCUCUACUGCCCGACCAGGGCCUCCAGCCAGCUGUGCUUCCUGCGCCCGGCCAGCAGCCACACCCUGCCGGGGCCGUGGGCCGCCCUGUCGGACUCCGGCAUGGUGCCCCUCAGCUUGGCCUCGGGCCCGGCGCCCACCCCCGGCCCGGCGGCCGCCAUCCACUCGACCCCCUCGCCGGAGCGCACAUCGCUGCUGGCGCUUCUGACCACGGGGCAGGGGCCCCUCUGGCGGCUGGACAUCCUCCUGGAGGCCUGCGACUCGAGCACCUGGGGCAUGCCAUCCUCCUGCGGCCCCUGCCACGCGCGGUGCGCCACCUGCACCGGGCCCGGGCCGGAGGAUUGCACCGCAUGCGCGCUCCUGGCCAAUGGCCAGCCCCUGGAGCCCCCCUGCACGGACACCUGCCCGGCCGGCCUGCUCAUGACCGGCAUCAACGCCUGCACCUGCCACGAGAAGUGCCUCACCUGCGCGGGGCCCCUGUCGGGGCGCUUCCACUGUGUCGAAUGCAUGGCCGGCUUUGUCAAGUCCACCUCGGUGGCCGACGUGGACUGGUGCCUGGCGUGCGCUGCCUCCUGCGCCACGUGCUCCGCCGAGUCCGAUGCCGGUGCCUGCCUCUCCUGCCAGGGUGGCCUGCUCCUGUCGGGCAGCACGUGCGUGAGCGCCUGCCUGGCCGGGCACUGGCCCGACCUGCCGAGCUCCAUGUGUCGCCCCUGCCCGGAGGGCUGCACAGCCUGCACCUCGGGGACCGCCUGCACCGGCUGCCGGGAGGGCCACUUCCGCCGCGGCGGCGCCUGCCUCCGCUGUGACGGCUCGUGUGUCUCCUGCCAAGAUGCCGCAUCCUGCGAGGUGUGCCGGCCGGGGCUGGUGUUCCUGUCGGCCGAUCCGCAGCAGGCGUCCCUCUGCGGCGGCACCUGCGCCCCGGGCGAGUAUGUCGGCGCCGGCCGGUGUGCCGCGUGCCAUGAGUCUUGUGAGCUGUGCGACCAGGCGGCCGCCGCGUGUCGGGUGUGCGCGCCAGGCUUCCGCUGGGGCGCGGUCCCGGGCCCCGGCGGCACCGGCACGUGUGUCCCCUGUGAUCCUGGGUGCGCCUCCUGCACGAGCGCCGCCUGCCAUGCCUGCCUGCCGGGCCUUGUCUUGGACUCGAGCAACGCGUGCGUGGCCGCCUGCCCGGCCGGGUCGUUCAGCAACGGCGAGUCGUGCCAACCAUGCGACGUGUCUUGUGUCGCCUGCGCCGGUGGCAUGGGCAACCAGUGCACGGGCUGUGCCGCCGGGCUGGAGCUUGUCGAGGUCACUCCCGGUGUCGGCACCUGCGAGUCGGGCUGCCCGGAGGGCCAGUACCGCCAGGGCACGGACUGCCUGCCCUGCGACGCGGCCUGCGCCACGUGCAACGGCCCCACGGACAAGGACUGCUGGCGGUGUGCCUCCGGCGUCCUGCAGGGGGGCGACUGCGUGCAGGCCUGCGCCGCCAGGCAUGUGGCCAUGGCCGACCGGUGCCUGCCGUGCCAUGUCUCCUGCGCCGAGUGCAUGGGCACUCGGAGCACCGAGUGCCUGCCGGACUGCGCCCCCGACUUGCUGGCCCUGCCGGCCGGGCAGUGGCCCAUGCGCUGCGUGCCGGCCUGCCCGGCCGGGUACCACACCUCGGCGGCCGGGUGCGCCCCCUGCGGCGCGCACUGCGCCAGCUGCCCGGAGUCGAACGACACGUGCGCCCUGUGCGAGCGCGGGUGGCUGCUGGACGCGCCGAGCUGCGUGGCCGAGUGCCCCCCCUCCUCGGUGGCGCAGGGCGGGCUGUGCGCCACCUGCCACGCCACCUGCGCCACGUGCUACGGGCCGGAGCCGGGGCACUGCCUCACCUGCGGCCCGGCGUCCCCGCUGCUGGUCGGGGGCACCUGCUUCGAGGCCUGCCCGGAGGGGACCUUCCAGGUGGCCAGCGCCUGCCAGCCAUGCGACGGGAGCUGCGCCGCGUGCGCCGGCCCGAGCGGCACCGACUGCACCCGGUGCCCCGGUGACCGGGCGCUGCUGUCAAGUGGCGCGUGCGCCGCGUCCUGCCUGCCGGGCGAAUACCCCGCCGGGGACCCCGGCGGCGGGGCCGGCCGGGUGUGCGCGCGAUGCGACGGCUCCUGCGCCACGUGCUCCGGGCCGUCGGCCGCCGAGUGCACGGCCUGCCCGCCGGGCCGGCUGCUGCUGCUGCCCGACCACACGUGCGUCAGCACCUGCCCGGCUGGGCACCUUGCCUGCGAUGCGACCCGGGAGUGCGAGGCCUGCCCGGCCGGGUGCACCCACUGCCAGGGCGAUGCCAGCUGCCGGGCGAUGUGCACCGCGUGCGAGGAUGGCCUUCUCCUCUCGGGCAUGGCCUGCGCGGCCAUCUGCCCGGCGGGGCACUUUGCCCCGGCCGGGUCGCGCAUCUGCGAGCCCUGCGACGGUGCUUGCAACACGUGCACCGAGCGGCCGGACAGGUGCACCAGCUGUGCGGCGGGCUUCCUGCUGCCGGCGGAGGGGGCCUGCGCCGGCGCCUGCCCGGCCGGCUCGGCGCCCCUGUCCACGCCGGACCGGGUGUGCCUGGCGUGCCCGGCCGACUGCGAGCAGUGCACCGCGGCCGGUGGCCAGGCCGGCUGCACUGUAAAUGACGACGGGUCGCUGGCGUGCCCGAGCGUGGGCUCGUGCUCGCGCUGCGCCGCGCACUUCCUGCUGCUGCAUGGGGCCUCCUGCGUCGGGUCCUGCCCGGUGGGCAUGUACGACGGGUGGGAGGCCUCGCCGGCGGCCUGCCUCGCGUGCCGGGCCGGCUGCGCCGAGUGCACCGGGCCCGAGGAGGCGGACUGCGUGCGGUCGGCCGGGCCCUCCUCGCGCGGGCUGGCCCUCGGCCUGGGCAUCGGCCUGGGCCUGCUGAUGCUGCUGCUGCUGCUGGUGGCGCUGCUGGUCCUGCUGUGGCGGUACCGCCGGGCGGCCAAGUCCGGGGGCAUGGACCGCAUGGAUGAUGAGGACGCCACCGUCAUGAACACCAUCGUGGAGCUGUCGCUCCCGGGCAGCAUCCUGGUGAGCAUUGCCAAUGACUUCGCCCCGCUGAACGAGGAUGCGCUGGGCGCCGGGACCCAGGCGUCGGUCUACGCGGCGCGCGCCGUCGGGGCCGGCAUCUCCGACCGGCUGGGCUGCCCGGGCACCGUGGCCAUCAAGCAGCUGAAGGCCGAGCGCAUGACCCCCACCCAGGUGACCCUCUUCCAGAACGAGGUGGCGCUGAUGUGGCUGCUGCGCGACGCGCCCAACAUCGUCCGGCUGUACGGCUACAGCGACCAGCCGCCGGCCAUGGUGAUGGAGCGCUACCACACGGACCUGGCCACGCUGCUGCACUCGGAGGUGCCACUGGCGCCGCACGUCCUGCUGGACAUCGUGCAGCAGUGGGCCACCGGGCUGGAGGCCAUGCACGCGCAGGGCAUCGCCCACCGGGACCUGAAGCCGGGCAACGUGUUUGUCAGCCAGCGCCCGGACGGCGCAUGGACCGCGGCCCUCGGCGACCUGGGCACCACCCGCAACCUCAACACCGACCGGUCGUCCACCCUGGUGAGCCAGGCGCCGGAGCUGAAUGCCCUGACGGCGCGGUACGCGGCGCCGGAGGUGCUGGCCGCCUUCCAGCGGAAGCGCCCGCUGGACCCGGAGCUCCUGCUCCCGGCGGACAUCUACAGCGCGGCCAUCAUGCUGUGGGAGUGCCUCACGCGCACGGUCCCCUGGAAGGCACUGAACUUCGAGCAAAUCGCCACCGGGGUCCUGUCCGGCGACCGGCCAUCCGCCCCCGCGGCCUUCGAGGCCCUGGACGACCUGCUGACGCUGGCGUGGGCCGCGAAUCCGCAUGCCCGGCCGCUGGCCGCGUCGCUGCGGCAAAAGUCCGCCAUGCUGGCGGUCCUGUCGGGCCCCGGGCCCUGA